GUAACACGUCAGAGCGUCCCCAGGUCUGUUUUUGUGAAGUGGCUAAAAAAGAGAUCAGUUCCAACCUGGCCACCAGGAUAACGGUUCCCCUCAUCCAGCUAUUUUCCAAGGCACGUUAUUUUACAUUUUUAGGCUGGGGUGGGGGGAUCCACGGCGCACCACUUUUCUUUUGCCAUUUCCUGCUGCCGCUGACUCCCAACCAGCUGUUUGGAGGAACACACUGACACUUGGACAGGAGGGGGAGAGAGAAGUUGAAGGAGUGGAGCCCAUGCGGACAGCCAUCUGACCCGCUCUUAUCAAUGAAGCAGGAGAUCAUGGCGGAGGGUCCCCGCUGUAAGAGGCGAAAGCAAGCCAACCCACGGAGGAAGAACGUGCUGAACUAUGAGAAUGUGGUAGAGACGGGCUCGGAGACAGAUGAGGAUGAUAGGCCACUGGUCUCGGAGGAGAAUGGGCGGGCCAAUGGGCAGGAGGAGGCUGGCAGCCCAGCUGGUGUGCCCACCCUGGAGGCCUCACCCAGGGUCGGACACGCCCUGCUGUCCUACCGGGGACAAGAGAGGUCAGAGGGCAGGGACAGCCGACAGAACCACCAUGCCUGGUGUCUUGGGGACAGUACACAUGGCCACCUUAAUGGCACUGAUGAAAGGAAGGUUGAAUAUGAACCCUUGGGGCCUGAAGGGUCUCUUCAUACUGUGGGAAAUGGUACAGUCAAGGGACUUGAAGGUGUCUCAGAACUGGAUGAGUACUUCAUAAAACGUAAACUGGGGGACAGUGACGGCCAUCCAGCCACCAUUGCUGAGUAUUUGCAACGCGGGGACACAGCCAUCAUUUACCCAGAAGCACCAGAGGAAGUGACACGAUUGGGCACACCUGAAGCCAUUGGUCAAGAUGAAAAUGAGAAUGACCUGCCACCUGGUACUCCAGAUGAUUUUGCCCAGCUCCUGACCUGCCCUUACUGUGACCGGGGCUACAAGCGCCUCACAUCACUGAAGGAACACAUUAAGUACCGCCAUGAGAAGAACGAAGAGAGUUUCCCCUGCCCACUGUGCUCAGAGACCUUUACUCAUCGUACACAGCUGGAGCGCCAUAUGGCCACACACAAGCAAGGAAGAGAUCAGCCCCAGCUGCUAAAUGAGGGUGCCGGAAACCGCAAGUUCAAAUGCACUGAGUGUGGAAAAGCUUUCAAAUACAAGCAUCAUUUGAAGGAACAUCUCCGCAUACACAGUGGUGAGAAGCCAUAUGAGUGCUCCAACUGUAAGAAGCGAUUCUCUCACUCUGGGUCGUACAGUUCCCACAUCAGCAGCAAGAAAUGUAUUGGCCUUAUUGCCAUCAAUGGGCGUAUACGGAAUGGAAACAACUCUAAGCCUGGAUCCUCCCCUAACUCCACCACCUCUUCCCCUGGCAGCCCUGCCGUGGCACAGCUCCGUCAUAAAUUGGAGAAUGGUCGGCCGCUAUGCCCACAAGACCAAGGUCCGCUUGACAUCAAAGCAGAGCCAAUGGACUUUAAUGACUACCGGCUACUGAUGGCUUCUCAGCAUGGAUUUGGGGGACCAGGAGCCUAUGUGAAUGGAGCUGGCCGUGGUGGAAGCCCCCUUGGAAUCCAUAGCUCCUCUCAGAGCCCCCUGCAGCACCUGGGAGGCAUGCUAGGCUACCCAGGGUCUUUUGGGAACAACCUGAGUGAAGUACAGAAGGUCCUUCAGAUAGUGGACAACACAGUGUGCAGGCAGAAGUUGGAUGGGAACCCAGAGGAAAUCUCCAAGCUCAGAGCUUACAUGAAGGAGCUGGGAGCGCAGAUGGAGGAACAGAAGCUGGCUCUCUCCUCUCAGCGUGCCAGUUUCCCAGUGGUAGGCCACAGCAGCCCCACCAAGAGUAUCAUUGACUAUACGCUUGAGAAAGUCAAUGAAGCCAAGAGCCUGAUUGAUGACUCCAAGAGGCAAGGAGACAUCAAAAAGGAGAAACCAAACCACUCCCUGGAUCUCAGCAGUGAGGAAAAAUCCCAUGACAGUCAGGUUCAGUUCAUGCCAUUCUCCUGUCAGUACUGCAAGGAGACCUUCCCCGGUCCCAUUCCACUGCAUCAGCAUGAGCGCUACCUAUGUAAAAUGAAUGAGGAGAUCAAAGCAGUCUUGCAGCCAGCUGAAUGUGUUCCUGCCAGCCACAGGGGAGUAAUGCCUUCAGAUCAACAGGCUGCGCUUUUGUCGAAUGCUCUUUCAGAGAGGGGCACCUCCAGCCCACUAAACCCCUUCAAGGACCAUGUGUCAGUGCUCAAGGCCUAUUUCGCCAUGAACACUGAGCCCAACUCAGAGGAACUUCUGAAGAUUUCAAUCGCUGUGGGUCUUCCUCAAGAAUUUGUUAAGGAAUGGUUCACCCAAUGGAAGACCCAAAACAACCAUGGAAGCAAUUUGAGAAAAAGGUCACCACCUCCUGACCAUGGUGGUUUAGAGGUCAACCACUGCCUGAACCAGUCAGCACUGUCCUUGGCACAGCAGCCAAUGUCCUUCACUGCGAUAGAUAUACAUGGAGGCUCCACCAAUGGUGAUGCCUCCCAUAGACUUUCAAAGGCCAACCAGUUUACAGUCAACAAGCAAAUAGGAGACAAACCACUAGACCCCUUAGACCACUUAAGGAGCAGCACUCCGUCACCCCUCAACCUUUCCUCUACUUCUUCAAAAAAUUCUCAGAGUAGCUCUUACACUCCAAACAGCCUAGUUUCUGAGGAUGUCCAUGGGGAUAUACCAUUGGAUUUGUCCCUGCCAAAACAUAUGCCACACAACAAGGUUAUCUGCAUGGGAGAUAAGCGGCCCAAACCCAAUGGUUUCAUUAUGGAGCACAAUGAUGAAGCACCAACAAGAGAACAGGGGACGGGGCCUUUGGAUUUGGCCAACAUCAAGAAGGAGUUCAUUGGCUCUGACAGCAACACUGGAGGGAACAGUGGUCAUCAGUUAGAGAAGAGUACUAGUCCCAUCUUUGGGAUCAAUCCUUUUACUGGUGGUCCCAUGUACACAUCCCUGCCACCUCAUGGAGCUUUUCCUCCACCCACAUUCAUGUCUCCAGCACAGGCCAGUAUCCCAGGGCUCCGGCCCUACCCAGGGCUGGAUCCAAUGAGCUUCCUGCCCCAUAUGGCCUACACUUAUGCCUCUGGGGCAGCAACAUUUGCUGAAAUACAGCAGAGGAGAAAGUAUCAACGGAAAACAGGUUUCCAGGGGGAGCUACUGGAUGGCACUGCAGACUAUCUGUCAGGCCUGGAGGACCUGACAGACAGCGACUCACUCCUCUCCAGGAAGAAGAUUAAGAAGACUGAAAGUGGUAUGUACGCGUGUGACUUGUGCGACAAAACAUUCCAGAAGACCAGUUCCCUCCUAAGACACAAAUAUGAGCACACAGGCAAGCGACCACACCAGUGCCAGAUCUGUAAGAAGGCCUUCAAACAUAAGCACCAUCUCAUUGAGCACUCACGCCUGCACUCCGGCGAGAAGCCCUACCAGUGUGAUAAGUGUGGCAAGCGCUUCUCCCAUUCAGGCUCCUACUCCCAACACAUGAACCACCGCUACUCCUACUGCAAGAGGGAGGCUGAGGAGAGGGAGGCUGCAGAGAGGGAGGCCCGGGACAAGAGCGCCUUGGAGCCCACUGAGCUACUGAUGAGGAGGGCCUACUUGCAGGGACUGGGGCCUCUGAGCUACUCAGACACCGAGGACCAGCAAGAGGACGGGGGUGGCACUAUCCUGAGGGAUGGUACAGAAGUAAGCAUGAGAGGACAGGAGAGGGAUGUGGAUGAGCCAUAUGAGGAGGUGACAGACCGACGGGAAGCAAGUUUCAGGGAAGGAGAGGAGGAGGAAGAGGACGAGGGCGACAGCAGAAGCCUGGGUACGCAGAUGGACUCGACGAGGGAUGACGAUGAGGGCAAGGAUACAACACAUUCAAUGGAUGAGAGUUCAAGAGAAGGGAAAACAGACGGCAAGUCAGACCAGGAGGAAGCAGACUGAUUCAGAAUAGUACAGCUGAGGAAAAAGAAAGCUUUCAGCCAAUAUUUGUCAUGUUGGUUUGUUUCAUUUUUCCUUUUUCAUUUUCGUGAAACUUGCUUGGUUUCAGAAACACAAGGCAGAGGCUUGAUCUUAUAGGAGAGCUCUGGCUUUUUUUCUGAAGGUUGUGAAGAUGGACUACAAAUUGUGGUGACUGCCAAGAUCAGAGUUGUGAUAACAAGCUGGGUGGGAUUGUUUAAAAAAUUACAUUAUGCAAAAAUAAGUAAUAAUGAUUAUCAUUACAAUUAAAUGAAAUGAAGCUGUUUUAAUGUACAGUAUUAUAAAGGCCUAAAAGCUGUGUGGUGCUAUAAUGUUGUUAACCUUUCUGUGUCCCAUUGUGUUCAUAUCCUAAACUGGGAAAUUGCACUCUGCCCCCUUAAUCACUACAAAAAGACUUAAAAAAACAAACAAACAAACAAACAGAGAGAGAGAGAGAGAGAGAGAGAGAGAGAGAGAGAGAGGGAGAGAGAGAGAGAGAGAGAGAGAGAGAGAGAAUAGCCUAUGGAUAUUUAUACUGGACUUGAUGUCUCAGUAGCAGUCCAUCAAUGUUGUAUUUUGUCUGCCACUUACUGUGAUGUCCCUGGUUUUCAUCCUCUUUUUACAAGGCAAACUAACCACACAAUUUUGGGCCUCACAAUUUCUUUAUGUGAAGGAACUUUAAACCUGUGUGAUUUUAACAUGUUGAUGUGAGUCUUAAAAGUGGACUUGACAGUGAAAAUGGGAAAGGGAGAAUAAUGAAAUAUGAAGGGCUCCAUGAGAGACAGAGUUUGUUUUAUUUUCUCAAGAGAAAGCCUUAUAUGCAAACCUUUUCACCUGUGCGUUUCUGCAAGUGCCAUCCUUGUACAGUGUAAAUCAGAGUUGACCUGUGUUAUCUUUGCUCUGGCUUCAGUAUUAAAUGAAUAUUUCACCUUGUUUUGAAGUACCAACGUCAGUAUUAGCAUAGAUAGCAGUUUGUUAGUUUACAUAUGAUUGUGCAAUUUUCUGUAUUUUUCCAUGACCUUUUGUCAGUAUUACCUUUUUGUUCUUGUUGAUUCUUCCUGCAUAAAUUGCAUUUUGUUUUUAUUUUAAAACAUUUUAUUUAUGACUCAUUUUCUAUUUCCUAAUUUUAUUUAUUUCAUACUGUAGUGUACAGUAUUAUAGUUCCUCAACAAAUAGAUAUAUUUUAGUAAAAAGGAUCCUGUCACUGACUAUUGGAACAAAAUAUGAAUAGAGUACAUAUAUGGUAUUUGGAAAUUUUGAUUUUUUUUUUUUAUUUCCUUUCAACUACUGGAAAUUCUAAAUUUGGGGAACUUUUGAUACAACAUUGUGAAAACACUGUAUUUUUGAGAGUAAAAAAAAUCCACUUUAUUCAUCCCACUGAAGAGGUGAAGAGGGACUGUUGAUGAUGAAAUUCCUGAAAUGUCUGAAGUAUUAUUGAAUUUUUAAUUUCUCUUUGAAAUGACCAUGCUCGAAUAAAUGUAGCCAAAAUAAAUUUUAAUAAAGCUGUGUUAUUCUUCCUGUU